AUGAAAGUUGAAGCAAUUGUGGUAGAGUGGAGGCAGAAGUAUGACACGUUGGCCGAGGAGCUGCAUUCUCUGAGGAUGUCCCGACGUCAGGCUGAGAGCAAAUGUGAAAUGGCUGAGAACGAGUCGUUUAGACGCGAGGCCGCUCAGAAAGCUGAAGUGUCGUGUCUACGAAAGCAGCUGUCUGAUGCCGAGUCGAAGGUUGCGAGUUUGGAGGCGGAGGUGGACUCGCUUUCUCGCGAAAAAGUUGCUUUACAAAAACCGAUCAAGUCACCACAAGGAUCAGAGUACACUGGAUUGGUGCGACGGCACAAUGCCGCCCGACUCAUCACUGAAGAACUUACCAACCGCAACAUUGCUUUAACUCGAGAACUGGCCGUUUGGAAGCAAGCGCUUGCUGCAUCGGAGGCGAAGUUGAGUUUGGUGGCAGAACAGUUGGAGAAGGAGAAGGUUUCCCAUGCGAAUGACGUAGAUGAGCGCGACCAAGUAGUGCAGGCCCUGCAUCGUCGCGUCGCCAACCUUCUUGGUGACCGAGGUUGCGCGGCUAGACGAUGUGACUCUUUGCUGACUGAAAUUCUUCAAGACCGCGAGGGAACGAUUUGCGAGCUAAUCUCGACGACGGACGGUAGUCGUGAACAGCCUCGGGGUAGUGUGAAGCCGCGCUGGGAGGGUGACGGUUGCGUGACCAAAGCACCACAAUUGUUGCAGCGCAUCGACGAGACUGCCUCUUGGAGAGGCCACACAAAUAUCGCACGACGAGUCUUCUAG